CGUAAAGAUGUUCUGGUUCCAACAAGGUCUGUGCGCCCUGCCGGCGUUCCUGGGCAUCUGGUCCUCCGCCACCUUCAUCAUUUCUUUUGUCAUCGCCGUUUUAAGACGUGAUAUUGACAUUGUCUUCCCCUAUAUAAGUGACACGGGUGCAAUCCCCCCGGAGAGCUGCUUUUUCAGCCUGAUGACCUUCAUCUGUUCGUGUGCAGGAAUAUGUACCAUAUAUGCCAGAUACAAGUUCGUGGAGAAGCUGAUUGAGGAAAACAGUGUGGUGAGUCCAUGCUGCAAUAUAGCCUCCCUUUUGUUUGGGAUGCUCUCCUGUUUGGGAAUGUCCAUAGUUGCAACUUUUCAGGAAACGGCAGUGAGAUAUGUCCACGAUGUGGGAGCCUUGAUGUUUUUUAUUUCCGGCGUCCUCUACAUGAUCUGCCAGUGUUGCAUAUCAUUGAAAGCCCAUCCGUAUGACUGCUCCAAGUGUGUGUGUGUAAUACGUGUGGGGAUCGCAGUCAUAGCCUUCAUUGUGAUAUUUCCCACUAUAAUAUGUGGUGUUUUAAGCAAUCAAGACACAAUGCAUUGGAACAAAGAUGACGAGGGCUAUCCCCUCCACCUGACCAGCGCCAUCUGCGAGUGGAUUGUUGCCUUCAGCUUCAUCUUCUUCUUCUUCACGUACAUUCAUGAUUUCAAACGAUUUACCUUGCAGGUGACUACAGUAUAUGAGGAGCCAUUUUGA